UAAUGUUUUGAUUUUAUUCAGAAAACAUCAGUAACCUAAUAAUAUACGGAUAAAGCCCAUCCGACAUCCUGAACUCGUGAAGUUAAAGGCUUUUUUUCAAGUUGGAUACCACAGGGCGUUUGCAUUCGAGAGAUUAUUAAAUAAUGGCAAGUUCUAAACGGAUUUAUCAUAAAAUACAGGAACUCCACAAAGCAACCGAGGGUGUCCGGUGCAUGGUUAAUCGCAAUCCACGUAAUUUGGAAAGGUUACGUAUUGCUUACCGGACGGAAGGAUAUCAUCUGGAACGAACUGGCCGCAAUUUUUGGCACAAAUUGGAAUUGAUACCUAGCAAUAAAUAUGUGACGGCUAAAUUAAACCACUUCCAGAACGGAACUGUAGUCGAGACUAGUACUUCGGAGUGGGCUAUAAAACAGCAUUUAUUCAAAGCAAAUGAUACCUCGGCGUAUGUAAACUUAGCUAAGAUCUUUGCUGCUCGUUGUAUGGAGGCCGGACUGACGGAAAUGCGAUGUGAUCUUCAACCGAAAAAAGACGGUAAAGUUGAUAAAUUUUUGCAAACUUUGAGAGAAAGCGGUAUACUUUUGGAAGAACCGGCAAGGAUUAAACCUAUCCAACCCUGGGAUAUGCUGAGACCAGAAAAACCUUGGGAGGUCACGGAAUAAUAUAAAACAAUCAUUAUUUAGCUACAUGUUUUAUUGGGAGCUUUAGUUGAUAAAUAGAUGUUUUUUUCGACAAAUCA